CUGGCUUGAGCCAUAAGAUCGCCAUCACUUGCCGGGUACGUGACUUCGUAUCCAUCUGGGAAAAUCCAAGGGUAUGCCUUAUUUCCAUCGAUUGCUGGUCUUUUUAAAUCCGCCACGACCUCACUAGAUUCCAUUGUAGUCCAAAUUUCUGUUGGGUUGUAUCUCUUCACGAACUGUAUACAUCAUGAAGGCUCUUUCCGGUUUACUAGUCGUGCUUUCCAGUCUGCCGAUCAUCUGGGCACACUGGAAUUACGAUCGAUUGAUCGUGAACGGCGCAAUCGUAGACACGACACCCUAUCAGUACGUUCGUCGCACGGACAACUCCAACACGCCUCUUCAGAAUGUGAACUCGACGGACAUGCGUUGCAACUCGGGAGCCGACUCGGGUACAGAUCUCGGAACGCAGACCUACACCGUCAAAGCCGGAGAUGAGCUUGGUUUUGCCGUGAAAGACACGUUCGGCCACCCGGGCCCACAGCAGGUGUACAUUUCGAAGGCGCCUGGACUGGCAGCGGAGUACGACGGUAGUGGAGAUUGGGCGAAGAUCUACACUCUGAGCUACAGCCUCAACAGCUCGUACGGCGCAGUUGAUGGCAAGUUGAAGUGGGCCACACACCGAGCGAGGACCUUUAGGUUCAAGCUGCCGGAAUCGACUCCACCAGGCGAGUACCUUCUACGCUCUGAAGGGCUCGCACUUCAUGCUGCCCACAAGCCUGAUAAGUCACAAUUUUACAUUGCUUGCGCACAAAUCAAAGUUGAGGGCACUGGUGACGGGACUCCAGGUCCAACCAUCAAGUUCCCAGGCGGAUAUCAAUGGAAUUCUACAGGUGUUUUGAUACCCCAGUUCUGGAGUCUAAUCGAGAAUUACACUUCUGCUGGUCCGCCUCUGUGGCCCGAAGGGACAAAGGAGGAACACGUACUUGUAGGAACUGUGAAAACGUCGGAUGAUUGAAGGGUAAAUCGCAGCGUCCGAGAUGUUCUUCAGCGGUG